AUGAAAAGACAGCAAGUCACCCUGCCCGGCCUCCGAACCGCGGCAGUUGCUUUCCUCGCCGCGCGGAGCGUCAAGGCCGAGAAGGUCUUCUGCGCCGACGCAGAAAACGUCGUGGUUUACCACACAAGCUGCGACGACGCCCCCCGCGGCACCUUUUUUCUUGUUCGCCACUCCGUCGACCCCGAGGUCGUGGAUCUAUACGACAGUGCCGACUUUAUCGACCGCAAGUACGCAAGGGAGCAGCGUGAGCUACGGGAACGAGACAUGGAGUCAGGAGGGUUCGGAAGCGUGACGCCGCGAGCGUGUGGUGGCUAG